AUGAAUUAUGAAGAAGAAAAAGAAAAAAGUAAAAAGUCAAUUACUGUUUAUAAGAACAAAAAAGAUAAAAAAAAAAUAUCUUUUUUUAAUUACUUUGAUGAUUUUAAAAUUAAUUAUACUUUUAGUUCAAGUAAUUGUUCAAACGAAACUAAAAAAUUAAUUAACGAAAAUGAUGCUGAUAAAAAUGAUAUAAAAAAUCUAAUAAAAAUUAUAAGUAACAACUAUAUAGACAAGCAUUUUUAUUUUAAAAAAUUGAGUAUUAAUGAUUUAUAUAAAAUAUUUGUUUAUUCUAAUUUCUUAACGAAAUCUUUAAUUUUAUAUCCUUCGUUAAUCCACUACUUUGAAUACAUAAUUGAAAAACUUAAAAUAACCAAAAAUGAAGGAUGUUUACCAUUGGGAGAUCAAUUUAGUUUUUCUUAUUCUGAUUUAAAGAAAAAUGAAUUAACGUAUAAAAAAAGUUAUAAUGAUCAAAAUUUUAUUAACAGUAAUUCUGAUUUAGUUAAAAAUGAAACUUUAUUAGAAAAUACUGAUAAUAUAUUUUUUUCAAAUAAUGAAGGAAUAAAAAUUUCACCUAAUGAUAUAAUAUCAAAUGUAAGAAAAAAAAGUAAAAGAAAUUUAAUUAUGCAUCAAAAAGAAAAAGAAGAAAAUUUAAUUAGUAGAUUAAAUGAUAAGAAUGAAAUAUAUACAAAAGAUGAAUUGAUUGAAAAAAAAAAUAAAAUAGAUAUAUUAGAAGAAUUAAAAGUAUUAGAUAAAAAUUUUGAUUAUAUUUUGAAUAAACAAGUUGAGCAUACUAAUAAUUAUGCAAAUUACAUGAAACAAGAUUUCUCUUUUAAUGAUGAAUAUAAACAAAUAGACAAACGAAAUAUGUUCCAUAAUGAGAAUUUAAAUAUGAAUAAUACAUAUUCUUUAAAUAAUGUUUAUUCAAAAAACAUGAGCAAUGAAUACAUUAAUAACAAUUUAAAUUAUUCAUUAAAUAAAAUGCAAAAUGGAGUAAAUAACAAUAAUGUUAAUAUGUUAAAUUCCCCAAUAGAUAAAAAUAUUCGUGUUUAUAAAAAUAUAAAUGAAUAUGAUAUUAUUGAAUUAAAAAUAAGUACUUCAUUUAAUAAUAAGUAUAUAUGUAGAUAUAUAGGUAUUCAUAGUGGAAUGACAUUAUAUAAUAUACAUAGAUGUAUAUGUAUAUGUUUAGGAGUAAAAAAAGAAGAUACUGAUAAUUAUUUGCAUGUUUUUAUUUUGAAUAAUGGUAAUAUAUAUGGAAGUGGUAAAAAGUGUAGUGUAAGUAUUAUUAGAAAAAUUCAAAUAAAUACAGAUCGUCAUAUUACUUUUAAACAUAUAAUAAAGACACCAUUAUAUCUUUAUAAAACAAAGGAUAGUAACAAAAAUAAUUUUAAAAAUGAAUUUUUCAUGAAUAAUCAAAGUUCUUUUGACAAUAAGAUUUUCAAUAAUGAUCAAAAUAACUUUAACAAUAUGGAUAAUUUGAAUGAAAUUAAUAACGUUAACCCAAAUAAUAUAAACUUGAACAAUAUGAAUUUUAAUAAUGUUAAUUUAAAUACUACUAAAUUAAAUAAUAUAGACGUUCUUAAUAAUUCAAAUAAUAUUCAAUGUUUUAAUGAAAUAAAUAACGUAAAUAAUUAUGAACUAAAUCAUACCAGAAAUAUCAAUAAUAUAAAAAGUUUAAAUAGUGUUAGAAAUUUAAAUAAUAUCAAUAAUUUAAAUAGAAUGAACAGUAACUUAUAUAAUAAUUUAUGCAAUAAUUUAAAUAAUAAUUUAAAUAAUAAUUUAAAUAAUAAUUUAAAUAAUAAUUUAAAUAAUAAUUUAAAUAAUAGUUUUUUUAAUAAUAAUUUUUUUAAUAAUUAUAAUAUGGAUUAUUUAAAUGAAAUGAACAUGAAUGAUUCUUUAACUGAUAAUUUAUAUAAAAAUAAUAUAAACAUAAAUAUGAAUAAUGAAGAUAUAAAUAACAGCAAUUUAUAUAAUUUAAAUAUAAAUAAUGUUAAUAUAAAUAAUACUUCUAUGCACCAUAAAAAUAUAAGUACAUCAUCUCAUGAUUAUUCUUUAAAUAAAAAUUCACUUCAUUUAGAUUUAGAAAAAAAAAAUAAAAUAAAUAGUAAUGAUCUUUUAAAUCCUAAUAAAACGAAUUCUAAUAGUACAAACGGAGAUAUAAAGAAAACAAAAAAUACUUCUCUAAAUAACUUUAAUAAUUGUAUUAAAGAAAAAAAUAAAAAUGAUCAAAAAUUAAAAGAUGAUAAUAAUAGCAAACAAAUGUAUAAUAUAUCUCAAUCUAAUGAAAAUUCUCUAAAUAAUCAAGAAUUUAUGACUAAAAUUCCAUUAAUAAAUAGAAAUGAAUAUUUAAACAAUAGCAAAGAAGAUAUGUAUCAUCAUAUGUUUAAUGAUCUUUCAUCUAAUGAUAUUUCUUAUAAAAGUUUAAUUCCAUGUGCCUAUAACACAAAGGGAACUAAUCACAAUAGUGAUUCAUUUAAUAAUAAUAUUUAUUUAUUAAAUGAUAUAACUAAUAAUAAUAUAAAUAAUAUAAAUAAUAUGAAAAUUAUUCAAAAUCAGUUAGUUAAUUCAAACUCUUUUUUACCAAUGAAUUCUCCACCUUUUAACAGUAACAUGGAUUCUGAUAAUUUGAAUUUAAAUAAUUUGAAUAUUAAAAAUGAGGAUUUAAGUAAUACAGAUAUUGAGGAUUCUAAUUAUUCUUUUGUCUAUAAUAAUUAUAUAAACAAAAAUACUUCAAAUAAUAUGGUGUCAAUAUAUCCACUGAAUAAUUUAUCUAAUAAUUUUACUAAUAUUAACAACUUAAAUAUGCCAAAUUCUUUUUUAUAUAAGCAAAAAAACGAUUUUGCUAUAAAUUAUAAUUCUUUAAAAGAUAAUUACAACAAUAAUAUGAAUAAUGAAAAUAAUGAUGUAGCAUAUAUAGACUUAAUGAAUAACACUUUUAAUGAACAAAAUUCUGUUAAUAAUAAUGAUUUGUAUAAUUUACCUGAUCCUUCUAUUAAUUCGCAAUACUUUAAUGAAAGUGUAAACAAUUCUGUUAUAAAUAAUAUGAAUUCAUUUAAAAUACAAAAUAUAAAUGAAUGUACAGAUAAUUUAAAAUUUCCCCUCUAUAAUAAUGACAAGAAUUAUAAAUACAAAGAGGAUUUAGUAAAAAUAGAAAAUACGAAACAUAACAAUAAUAAAAAAGAUCUUUUUUUUAAAUUAGAACAUAAUGAUUCUUCUAAUUUUGAUAUACUUAAUGAAGAAAAUUUCAGAAAUAAUGAAGAAGACAUAAUAAAAAAAGAAAAUAAACAUUCUAAAAAUGAUAAUGAAAACGGCUUAAAUCAAAAUAGUGAAAAUGAAAAAAAUAAAAAAUAUGAAUAUCAAAAUAUUAAUGCUAAAUGUGUAAAAGAAGUAAAUGAAAACCAUUUAAAAAAAUAUAAUAUAAAAAAUAGAUGUAAUAGAGAAAAAAUAGAUAAUGAAGGAAUAGAAAAAAUAGAUAAUGAAAGAAUAGAAAAAAUAGAUAAUGAAAGAAUAGAAAAAAUAGAUAAUGAAGGAAUAAAAAAAGAUAAUAACAAUUCAGAAAGUUAUAAAAGUGAUAAAGAAAUAAAAAAUUAUAAAAUUAAAAAAAAAAUAGAAGAAGAAAAGGAUGAUAUGAACUUUGGGAAAAAUGAAUUAAAAUAUAUGAUGGAAAAUAUUGAUUUAGAAUCUAAAAUAAAAAAAAAGAAAAAUAAAAACACUGAACAUAUAGAAGAAUAUAAAGAUAAUGUAAUAAAAAAUGUUGAUAGAUAUACUAGAGAUGUUAAUAACCAAAUGAAUAAUUUAAAUAGUAAUGGCACAUAUGAAAAUGAUGAAAGUGACAGACAAAAAUGUAAAAUGAAAGAUUUUGAUUUAAAUACAAAGAAUGAAUAUGAAGAUAAGCAUAAUAACAAUGAAAAUAAAAAAUACGUUUAUGAAAUGAAAAAAAACAAAGUAAAACUGGAAAAUUCUGCAAGUAAUGAUAGAAAUACAAAAAGUCAAAAUGAACUUUAUUUAAACAUAAGCAACAACAUAAAACAUGUUAAUAAAAUGAUAAAUAAUAUAAAUACUAUUUCUUUAGAUAAUAAUACAAAAAUAACUAGUGAUACAUGUAAUGAAGAAACAUAUCUAAAGGAAAAAGUUAAGUGUGAAAAUUUAUACAACAUUUAUAAUAUUACUUCUUCUAAAAACAAGAAUGAUAAAGAUUCUGAACAAUCCGAAGGUGAUAUCAACGAGUAUAAUUUAAGUAAACAGAAUAUUAAUGAAGAUUUUUUUUAUUUAAAAAAAGAAGUGUUAUCACUAGUUAAAUCCUUUAAAACAGAAAAAAGCAUAAACAAUGUUAAAACCUUUGAAAUAUCUCAAAAUGAAAAUUUAGAGAAAAAUUAUAAAAAUGAAGAUAUUAUAAAAAUUAAUAAAGACAUAAAUACUUUUAAGAAUACAAAAAAUAAUACGACAGAUAUUGCUGAUGAUAAAGUAAAACAAACAUUUCAAGAGUUUGAUGAAAAUCUAAUAAAUUCAGAAUCAAAUAAAUAUACUAUUUUAAGAAAUAAAAAAUGUAGAAAUGAAACAGAAAUAGAAAAAUUCAAAAAAAAUAAAGAACAGUGUUUAAGUGAAGAAAAAAUCUUAGAUAAAAAGAACAAUUUACAUAGUAACAGAAGUAUAAAAAAAGAUGAAGAAAAAAACAAAAAUGAAAACACUGAAAUUUUAGAUGAAGAUACUAAUAUUAAAGUAGAUAAUAAAAUAGAAAAAUUUACUACAAAUAAUAAUAAUUUAUUGAUAAAAAGGUCUAGUAUAAGUGAUGAAAUUAACAUGGAUAAUAAAACUAACUUAAACAAGGAAAUCAACAGCAGUGAAAAUUUAGAAAUUCCUGAUGAAAAAGAACAUACCGAAUAUAUAAAAAAGGAUUCAGAAAAUUCAAAUAUCAUUAAUAAUAUAUACACAAAAAAUAUGAAUUUUUACCACAUUAAUAAUAAUAAAAAUGACAAUGAUGAAUUAAACAAAUUACAAAUAAUAAACAAUUUCAAUUAUAAGGAUGAAAAUAUGAAAUCAAAUAUUCAAAAUAAUGAAAUCAGCUAUUUGAGUGAAAAUAAUUUGACAAACAGAAAAAUAAUUUGUAAUGAAAAAAACAUUUCAUCAAAUAUGUCUGUAAUAGAUGAUAAUGUAUUAAAUAAAAUUUCUGGAAAUUAUAAUAAUUCUAGUUGCUAUUUAGAUUAUAAUUCUUAUAAUAAAUAUAUUAAUAAUAUUGAGGUUUUUAAUGAUGAUUCAUUUAAUUUAGUAAAUAAAAAUCAUUUAUAUAAUAAUAUACCAUCUUAUAAAAAUCAAAAUGAUCAAUUAAACACUCAAUAUUUAAAUAUAGAAACUCAAGGAAAUUAUAAUAAUCAAUUUUGCAUGAAUAUGUAUCAAAUAUACGAUCAGAAUUAUAUUAAAUGUUUUAAUUCAGAUAAAAAUUUUAUAAAUAGUAAUAGUUUAAAUACUACUUCGAAUACAUUAAUGACUGCAGAUACUAUGGAUACAGUUGAUUGUUCAUAUAAUAAUAUAUAUAAUAACAAUUUAACUAAUAAAAAAAAUUCCAUUUAUAUUAAAAAUUUUAAUUAUAUAAAUAAAAUGAAGGAAAACUCUGAACAAAAUAGUAGCUGCUUAGUAAAAGAUGAGCUUAUGGAACAAUAUUUAUGUUGUAAUAUUAGAGAAAAUAUAAAUAAGGAAUCAUUUGGAAGAAAUUCCGAUUGUUCAUUAUAUAAAGUUCAGAAAAAAAAAGAAAUAAUGAAAGAUAAUAUUAAUAAUAAUGAAAAUAAUAAUAUUAGAACAAAUAGUAUCACUUAUAAUGAUAAUAAAGAAAACAAUAAUAUAAAUUAUAUAGAUAAUAAUAGUAAUAACAGUAAUACUAAUAGAGAUGAGUGCAAUAUUAAUAAAAAUAAUAGUAAUAAUAAUAAUACAGAUAUAAAUAAUAAAGAUAACAAUAACACUAAUCAAAAUAAUGAUAAAAAUAAUAACAGCAAUAAUAAUGAUGAUAAAACAGAAAAAAAAAAAAAAAAUAAUAAUAAUAAUGAUAAUGAUAAUACUACUACUACUACUACUACUACUAAUAAUAAUAAUAAUAAUGAUAAUGAUAAUGAUAAUACUACUACUAAUAAUAAUAGUGAUAAUAAAACUGCAACUAAUAAUAAUAAUAUUGAAGCUAAUAAUAAUGAUAAUAAUAAUAAUAAUACUGUUACUACUACUACUACUACUACUACUACUACUACUACUACUAAUAAUAAUAAUAAUAAUAAUGAUAAUAGUGAAUUUAUUAAUAAAAAAAAUAACGAAUAUAAUCCAUCUAAAAGUUUAAAUAAAUCACAAAAGAAAGUUAAUUUAUCUUGUAUGAAAAGUGAAAGUUUAAUGAAUGAAUGUAAUGAUUAUACAUGGAAUAAUUUAUAUAUACCAAAUGAUAAUAUAAAUAAUUAUUCUACAAAAAAUAAUAUUAAAAAUUCUAAAAAUUCUACUGAUAACUUCAAAUUGUAUAACACAAAUGAUGUAAAUUCAAUUAGCUAUUUAGAUAUAGAUGAAACUAACGUAAAAAAUUAUAGUAACUUAAAGGAAAUAAAUGAAAAAAAUUAUAUAAAUAUAAAUGAAGUGAAUUCAAAAAGUUAUAUUAAUGGAAAUGAAUUUAAUUCUAGUGAUUAUAUAAAAAAUGACAUGAUGAAUUUAAAAAAAGAGAUAAAUAUAAAAAAUUCCAAAAAUGUUUAUGAUGAUAAUUUUACAUUAAAUGAAUAUAUAAACUCUAAUAAUUUAUAUGAAGAUGAAAGAAAUAAUUUUGAAGAAAAUAAAUCAAGUUUUUCUAUGUUGUACUUAUUUGGGAAAGUAAAGUUUUAUAUCAGUAUUAUUGAUAUAAUACAUAAUAAAACCAACUCUCAUGAUCUCCUAUGGGUUCCUCGAUGUUGUAAUGGAAGUUAUGGAACAUUUUUAAAAAACAAUUUUUUAAAUUUAAAUGAAAUAAAUAAAUAUAUACCUGAAGAUUAUAUUGAUAUUGAUUGCAUAAAUUUGAAAUUGAUGGAAACAAGAUUUAGCAAAAAUGUAGCUACCUCUAGAACUACAAAAAGAAAAAGAAUGAUUGAUAUAGAUAAAACUGUUUUACAUUUUUACAAAGAACACAUUAGCGAAUUUUUUAGUAAUAAAAAUAAAAUUAUUAAGUUAACAAAAAAAUUAUGUAAGUAUAAAAAAAAGAGAAAAUUUAACAACGAAACAAAUAAAAAUAACGUAGAUCAAAACUCAAAUACAUUUAAAAAUAAAAAUUCAAAAAAUCAAACGAGUAAUGAUUUUAGUCUAAAUAAAAAUAAUGAUGAUAAUAUCCCUAAUACAAAUUUGAUUAAUAAAAAUAAUGUCAAUCAAGAUUUUAUCGAUAAUAAUAACGGUAUAAUUAAAAAAAAUAUAAUUAAUAACAAUGACAUUGUAAAUAAUAAUUUAAUCAGUGAAAAUAUUAUUAAUCAUAAUUUAGUUAAUAAUAAUAUUUUUAAUAACAUAACUAAUCAUAAUUUAAUUAGUAAUCAUAUUUUUCAUAAUACGGUUAAUCAAAAUUUUAAUGAAAAUAAUGAAAUUAUUAAUGAACAUAUGAAUUAUGGUGGUAUUAAUGAUAUGUGUAAUGUAAAUACUUACUUUAACGAUUUUAAUAAUAAUUAUUAUGAUAAUUCAAAUAAUAUUAAACAUAAUUUUCAAAAUGAUUUAAAUAAAAAAAAAAGAAAAAAUAAUAUGAAACCCCAAUUAAAUUCUUUUAAUGGAGAUUCAAAUUUAAAUACCUCAUUUAAUAUGUCUAACGUAUUCGAAAGAAAUAAUUUUAUAAAUAUAUCAAAUACAUUCAUUAACGCAAAUUAUGAAAAUUCAUCUCUUCAAAAAAAUGAUUUAUUAUUAAAGCAAAAUAAUAUUGAUUUUAAUAUUUUAUCUAAGAAUUUAAAUACAAAUCCAUUUACUCAAUAA